CGAAUCUGAAUACACUUUGUGGCAUAGCGAUAGGGACAACCGCAAUAUCCUGUUUGUUUUGUUGUUUGUGCGUGUGGGGUGUGCAAGUUUUGUAAUAUAUGGGCAAAACCAAUGGCACUGAGUGGUUUCGUGGAAUUCUUCCAGAAAGGAAGGACUUUCCGUCCCAAAAAGAGCUUUGAACCAGGAACCUUAAGGUAUUCCCUUCAUAAACAAGCCCAAGCGUCAUUGAGCUCUGGAAUUAAUUUACGAGCUGUUGUACAGCUGCCAAAUGGUGAAGAUACAAAUGACUGGAUUGCAGUUCAUGUUGUUGAUUUUUUCAAUCGUAUCAACUUAAUUUAUGGUACGGUGUCUGAGUAUUGCACUCCAGAAAGCUGUCCAACUAUGUCAGGAGGACCAAAAUUUGAAUAUUUGUGGGCAGAUGGUGUAAAGUACAAGAAACCAACUCCUCUUCCUGCACCACAAUAUGUUAGCCUCCUUAUGGACUGGGUAGAGUCACAGAUAAACAAUGAAACUUUAUUUCCUGUUUCAACAGAUGUACCUUUUCCAAAGACAUUUAUCCCCUUGUGUCGAAAAAUUCUGACCCGUCUUUUCAGAGUCUUUGUACAUGUUUAUAUUCACCAUUUUGAUAGAAUUGUGGCUAUUGGAGCGGAACCUCAUGUCAAUACCUGCUACAAGCAUUUUUACUAUUUUGUGAAAGAAUUUGAUCUUGUCAGUAGCAAAGAGCUUGAACCUCUGAAAGAAAUGACUGCUCAUAUUUGCCGGGAUCAUGUGGAAUCUCAGACUACCUCUAGCUGACCAGUAUCUGUUUUAAAGUUCACUGUUACAAAUUUGGAGAAAGAAAUAACUGGUUCCAUAGUCAGCAUGAUCAGUAUUUUUUUCUUUUACUGACAGUUGAGUGGUGUAACAGGUGAAGAGUAUACUGUGGAUCAUGUACAGAAUACAAAGAAAUACAUUUUUAAAGGCCCUGGAACAUUUCUCCCCCAGUUUCAUUUACUUGUGUGUCUCAGAAAAAAGUGGUGUGCUAAACAUCCAGAACUUUGUUCAAUGUAAUUUUUGUGUACAAAUUUUUAAACGGUGGCUAAGAUGAACAUUUGUCACUUUUUGUUUUAAAUUAGCAUUAAUUUGUAGCUAAACUUUAUGAAAAGGAAACUUUUCAAGAUCUGAAGUUUUGUGCCAUUGGUUGUAUUAUUUUAAUUAUUAAAUUAUUGGAUUGCUGUGCAUAAUUUGCUUUGCAGUAAUGCUAUUGUUCUUGUGUGAUGUACUCACUAGUCAGAAAUGUCAAGAAUUCUAAUGCCUCCUAGUAAUGUGAAAAUAAAUUAAUGUGGAUGCAUUUGUAAACAUAUUAUAUUCUU